CGCGUUUGCCUAACACCAAAUAGCAUGGGCACGGGUUGAAACUCUUGUUUGUUGGAAUUUUCGAAAUAUCAUUUAAAAAGUCGUACUAGUUAUUCAUAUUACGACAAAAAGGCACGAAGGUCCUCAAAAUUAACUACACUCGUUCUCGAGACAAUGGAUCGAAAAAUAAACGAACGUAAUCGAAAGUGACGACGAUAGAGAAAUGUUGUUUUAAAAGAACGAACCCGACUAAAUUGAAAGUAUGGCCUUUUCGGUGUGUAAUUUAUUUUUUACGAUUAUCGUCUUAGUAACGCUUGUAAUCGUCCUCCCUAAAAUUGACGCUUCCAACGUUGUGCGUUACACACGGAUCAUUAAACUUAAACAGGGAAAGUUACAAGGGAUCGUGGUGGAAGCUCGCAUGAGCAGACAGCUCCCGGACGUGGAGCAGUACCUGGGGAUUCCAUAUGCGGCCGCGCCUGUGGGUAAGUUACGGUUUAUGCCCCCGGGGUCGGCGCCGCAGUGGAAACAAAAACUGAAGAUAGCGGACUCGUUCGGUCCCGUAUGUCCCCAGAGAUUCCCCAACAAGAGGAAUAUGCCGCCCGAACGUCAGGAAUACUUUCAACGAAUCGAACGACACUUGAGGAACCAAUCGGAGGAUUGUCUCUAUUUAAACAUUUACAGUCCCGUACAAGAUCCUGAUAAUCCCAGAAUGUAUCCCGUAAUGGUGUACCUUCACGGUGGUGACUUUGAAUGGGAUGCAGGCAGCACGUAUGAUGGCAGUGUCUUGGCUGCUUACGGUCAUGUGAUUGUUAUUACCCUGAAUUUUAGACUUGGAAUUCUAGGCUUCCUAAAACCUGGCUUGGAGGACGAAAGCAGGAGCAAUUUUGGACUAAUAGAUCAGAUUGCUGCACUGCUUUGGAUCCAAGACAAUAUAGAUAAGUUUGGAGGCGAUCCAAACUCGGUGACAUUGUUUGGACAAGGAAGCGGCGCAGUGUGUGCCAAUUUCCUCAUGAUGUCUCCGAUGAUUAUAAAGGAAGGAGAUAAACUUUUAUUUCACCGAGCUAUACUAAUGAGUGGUACGGCUCUGUCUGACUGGGCAUUGGUAAAAAAUCCAACACACGUCACUCUACAAGUCGCUAAGGCGGUUAGAUGUCCUUCAAAUGGCAAAGAACUCGAAGAAUGCUUACGAAAGAGAAGACUAGAAGAUCUCAUGGACAUUUCCAUAUCAAUUCCCGAGUAUCAAACACCAUUUGGUCCAAUAAUUGAUCAGACGGUCAUUCCCAAUUAUCCAAAACAUAUCAUGAGUGCGUACAACGAUAUCUUUAAAAGGUUUGAAUUAAUAUACGGUGUUAUGGAGGUAGAAAGCGCUCAUCUUUUAAACACUGUUGCAAUGGCAGCCGGAAUGUUACAAGAAGAAACGAAUUCUGAAUUACGAAAAUAUUUUGAAACGAAGUUUGAGGCGAAUGUGGGUUUUAUAUUGGCCCACACAUUGUCGGCAUAUUCUCGAUUUGUCGGUACUGACAAUAAACUGAAUAGUUAUGACGGUCAGAGUUAUGACUCAGCUUUCUUGAAUAGGGAUUAUCUCCUCAAUAUACUGUCAGAUGUUCGAACCGUAGCACCUGUAACUCUAAUGGCUAAACUUCAUUCUGCGCUCAAUUUGAAUUCGUACUUUUACGUUUUUGGACACAAAACCGCUUCUAAUUAUUAUUACCGGACAAAAUCUAUUCCGGGUGACGAGCUUCCUUACGUGUUCGGUGUACCGAUCGAUGGUCCACGAAUUCACUUUCAGGACAGAUAUUCUGAAGAGGAGCAAAUUUUUUCUGAAGUGGUGAUGACCUACUUCACUAAUUUUGCACAUACAGGAGAUCCAAACAUUCCACGUCGAAACGACUUCUACACGAUGCACCCUUUAGAUUGGAAGCGAUUCAGUGUCGAUUGGAUAAAUUACGAUUCUCAAGGAGAACCCUUCAUGUACUUAAAAAUUCCACCCCAAAUUGGUUUCCACUAUCGACAUCGAGAGGUAGCGUACUGGAACGAAGAGAUGCCGAAACUUCUUGAAGAACGAAAAGAAAUGAAAAUUGCCGGGCAUGCACUUCCGGGGUUGAAUCCACCACCCGUGGUAAUUCCACGAACGUUUCCAGGCUCAUUUAGUCCAAAACAAAACAUGACAUAUGGGGGAGAAUUGAUGGAAGAAACCGAAAGAAUACAGAACGAGGAUAUUUCCAGAAGCGUUCUGUCCACAGAACCCAGCAACAAUGGUACUGUUAGAAUUGUCAUUGCGGUGGGUACACUUUUUCUUCUAACAAACGUGGUCAUUUUGGCUCUUCUGUAUUACAAAUGUGUUAGAUUAAAAAAACGUGAUAGAAAUAGAAGCACCGAAAUGGUCAGAGUCCGUAACGAUGAACUGUUUGAUCCUGACUUCGAAGGUGGACAACCAGCUGUCAAGAAGAAGUAUGCUGGCUGUCGUUUAAUGAAAAUGAUAACUAAAUCAAAUAAAAGUGAAGACACUUAUGAGGCGGUAAAGAUAAAUGAAGGUGUUUGCUCCACAAGCAAACUGAAACUUAUAAGGCAAAUGUCUAGUAGUACCAUUGAUCCUCAUUCGAAAGUGAGGGACUGGAUUUCUCAAGAAGUUGCACAAAAAGGAAGUCCGCGUUCUGUAAGAAAAUCUAAAAUCGGUAACCAUUCUAAACAAAAUUCCGUAGGUAGAAACGAACCGAUAUCUGGAUCAGACAUUCUACAAAAUGCAGACAGUACCUCGACUAUCAAUCGUUCUCCUACACGUCCAGUUAGUCCAACUGAGAAUACUUCAGAUAUGAAGGAACACAAUAAUUCCAAACUAUCUAAUUCCACUUCAGCUCAUAAACCUCCUUCUCGUAAAUUUUUUUCCAAAUCUCAUGUUAGAUCUAUAAGCAAGACAGAAAAGGUUUCAGUAGCUGUUGACGCGACUCCAUCGGGAAGAGGAAGUAGCGUUCUGAGACAACAACCUAUUGAACUUACUAAAUCCUUUGAGUUCAAUAGAUCUUUCGACCAUCAAGAGGACAGUGAAACCAAUCUGAGACGAUCUGCAACCCUUGAUGAUGUGAACAGAUUUUCCAACAAUGACUCAUUGCGAAGAAGUUCUACUAGUAUUAACCUCAAAAUUCCCGAAAAUGGAUGGGACUUAGGUCAACCCACGAUCGUCAAGAUUGAACACCAUCAUUCGAAAUCCGAUCCUGUUAGAGAUACUGAAAUGAUCUUUCCGAGGAUAGGAGUUCCGCUGAAACGACUGCGCAGUUUUGAUCCACAACAAGACGUAAAUGUCACUUCCAGAGAUGACGUGAGUGAGCAGUUACCACCGCUUACUCAUGAGCAACAGCUUAUGACAAUAAAAAGAAGGAAUUUUCCAAAAGUGCUCCCUGAUCAUCCUGGUAGAAGGAUGUCAAUGCCUACGUCCAAUCAACUUUUUCACACUAUCCCAGAAGCAGGUUUUAUCUCCUCGCUGUCACAACCUACAUCUCCCAAUCGGCUUAACUGCCGGUUUCCUCCAGCACCACCACCGAGGACCACAUCAUCCCUAGGACGAAAUUCGAACAGGCAUACUCUUAUACAUUCUCAUGCUGUGUUGGCAGAAGAACCACCAGAAAUACCUGAACCAGAAAUAACUUGCAACAAUCUCUAUGUAGGACCGCUACUACCUGUUAAGGGAAUCAAAAAGCCAAAUCCAUUUGUUUCGACAAGUGAAAACCGACUUAACACCCAACCAAUAUACGACAAUCUUAAUCCGAAGACAACACCAUCAUCCGAGACGACAAAUAAAACAAUAAAUCCUGAUAACUCAGUUAUACGGCUCGAACCUAAAAUAAUAACUAAACCAAGUACUUUGAGGAAACCAAGAGAUUUACCGAGAAAUAAAAAUGUUCCUAGAGUGACGCUUGGUGAUAGUAAUUUAAGGACUACGAUGCUUACCAAACAAAGCAGUCUCGAUUCAGUAUCAGAAGAUCAAAGAACUGAAAGCACUAAAGAAACAGUUAAAACACCACAAGCUGAAAAGGAAUCAGCUGGUGAACAAUGUCAUAGUCAGGAUGUAUUGCUGAAACAAAACAAAAAAGACACUGACAUUAGUAGUAGUGACUCAUCAGAAGCAUCGGACACAGGUACUGUAGUGAAUAAAUCUUAAAUAACAUUUAUUAAUUAUUUAUUGUGCAAGGACUACACCCACUGGUAGUGUUUUAUAUGGAUCAACGGAUUUCAUUUAAUAUUCUGAUAAUUAUAUUUAACUUAUUAUUCCAAUUUUACAUUUUUCGUAUGGCAAUCGUACAUUUUAUUAUUUAAGUGUUUUCGUAUUAUUUCUAGGAGUAAGACAUAUAUUGCAGUAUUAAUUUAAUUUUAAUCUAGUUAUUGAAACAAAUAUGAGAAACAAUUUUGAUAUUUUUGCAAACAAAGGUUAUCUGUAGGUGCAAUGCGUUUGUAUAAUGCCAACAUUAAAAAAAAUGUAGCAUCUAAUAUUUAAUUUAUUUAUAUACAGUAUAUAGUAUAAUUAAUUUUAUUUAUUUGGACUGGUUCGUAAAAUAAGUCAACUAGCUGAAGGUUAUCGAUAAACUUUUAUUUAAGUUGUGACAUUAUUUAAAACAUCGGAUAACAAGUCUAGGAAUACAAAUACAUAUUUAUGUUUCAGUACAUUUCAUUAUAUUAAGGUAUCAGUCCUAGAUAAAGAAUGAAGAUAUUUAAAAGUAA